AUUCCUAUCAUGUCCUGAACCAUCUGGGUUACGCCACUCCCAUCCCUCUCCAGAUCAGAGACGAUUGCUUUGCUACUAAAAUUCAAUUCAAUUCAAUUAGGUUAAAGAUCGAUUGGGAGCUUAAACGAUUGAAUUCAAUUCAGGAAGUAUCUUGGAUUUAAACAGUUAAUUUCGAUUGUUUGAUUGAUAAGAGGAUCAUAUCAUAUGGAGAAAGACAAGAUUGCAGAAGAAGAAGCAGAGGCAGUUGAGCUGGUUCUGUUUCAAGUCCCGGAAUGCUAUGUUUACAUGAUACCUCCACGGAAAUCUGCAGCUUCUUACAGGGCUGAUGAAUGGAAUGUCAACAAAUGGACGUGGGAAGGUACUUUGAAAGUUAUUAGUAAAGGAGAAGAAUGCAUUAUCCGUUUGGAGGAUAAAACAACAGGUGAGCUGUAUGCUCGGGCAUUUUUGAGAGAUGGCGAGCUGCAUCCUGUGGAGGCUGUAAUUGACAGCAGCAGAUAUUUCGUUCUUCGGGUUGAAGAGAAUAUUGAUGGGCGCCUUCGCCAUGCUUUCAUUGGUAUAGGAUUUCGAGAAAGAACUGAAGCAUAUGACUUCCAAGCUGCUCUUCACGACCACAUGAAGUACCUGAAUAAGAAGAAAACUGCAGAAGAGAUGGAGCAUCAGUACCAGCAUUCUUCUUCAGUCGAUUAUAGUUUGAAAGACGGGGAGACCCUAGUGCUUCAGCUCAAGAAAAAAGAAGGUGGCACAGGCAGCACAAAAUCCAAGUUUUUCGAGCAGAAAUUGAGCAAUCUUUCUUUAGAUGACAAGUCUAAAAACAAAGAAGGCUCAGUAAGCAUCAAACUGCCCCCUCCUCCUCCCGCACCCCUCUCGCCCGUUGAUGCUCCCGACAGGCCUCCAUUAGGGAUUUCCCCUAGAGUUAGCCCAGGCAAAUCUUUUGAAAAGGAGGAGUCAUCUGGAGUGGAAAAAUGUGAAAAAGGAGAAGCAGAAGCGACCGAGAAGAAAGAACAACACGAUGCACCGGAUGAUGAUUUUGGGGAUUUUCAAGCAGCCAGGUAGCGGGGAUGCUGAUAACACCAAUCCUUGUUCUUUGCCUUUAGCUUAGGUCCCGGAGCUCCGUCCUACUAAUCUCGAGAGAGUGCGAUCUUUGCGGUGUGGUUUAGACUUGGUGUGUGUGUGGAAGACAAGUCCUGUGUUGUAUAUUAUGAAUUGAUGAAGUUUAUAAAUUGCUUUUAGCUACACUCA